AUGCAACAAUGUACCAAUGACAAUGGGAAACCAUUUAUGGAUUUUGUUGCACAAAAAGAUGGACAAAUAAAAAGCAAAAUGGCCCCGACAAGAGAAAUCAAUAUUCAAUUAAAACCGAACGACCAAGUUGUAGAAGUUGUCAAACAUUUAACUUACGACUCUCUCUACAAGCCAGAUGAUGUAGUCUUAAUAACGGUUACUUGCGAGCCGAAGGCUAGAGUCCAAGUUGCAACUAUAUCAA